AUGACCGGCGGUGCGAAGGACUCGCUCGUGCGAGAGAACGACAGACAAUGGACAUUAAGUAACCGGGUCGAGGCCGAGGGCCUUGAGUGGCUCUACGCGGAUCCUUCUGCGGCGAAGCAAAAAGAGGGGAAUCUGGAGGAGUAUCUCCUAGGCAAGAGCAUUGAGGGAGCGCGGGGCGAACUCGCUCGUGAUCCCAUUGACCAUGCUGCAGCCGGCUCUCUGCUCGCAGACACGGCCGAAGGGCAGCCAUUAGAUGACACGCUGAACAAAUUUCGCGAAGACCCGCUGUUCAUCAUAAAAAAAAUCGAGCUGCACCAGCGCCAGGUGAUGAAGAAGUAUGAAUCGCUGGUGAAAACAGGCGUGAAACCGACAACUGAGCCUGCUACUGACACGUAUGCAACUGAGAGACCACGCGAAAGGCACGAUCGCAGAAGGGUGUACGACAUUGACCGCAGCGGCGGGCGUGACUACUCCACCAGCCCUCGCCGCAGAGAUAGAAGCCGAGGUAGGAUGCAUCGUGCGUCGAGGUCACACCGUCGUGAACGGGGCAUACAACGUUCUGAGUCACUGCGGCGGCGCCCACGGGGCAGCAGCCGUUCCAGAGAUUAUGAGACAAGUCGCCGUAAACGUGAUCGAUCGAGGAGCCCGUCAGGAGACUACAGGCACAGGCGCCGCGAUAAUCGACAUCGCAGUGGAAGGAGAUCAUCGAGCAUUGGCGACAGUGAACGCAGUAAAGAACGCUGUAGGACGCGUGCAUCGAGGCAUUCCUACGAUUCUCGAUCAAGUGGCAGCCGCGUGCUUAGCCGGAGCAGCUCCAGCAGGCAUUCAGGGAGGUAUAGACGAGGCGCCGAAAGACGCCGCUAUGAUAGCAGACACAGGCAAUUAUCACGGAGCAGAGUUAGGAGACAUUCGCGUAACACUGGCAUGGACAGCGCCAGGCAGAGCCGUUCGUACGACCGUCAUCGCCGGAGAAGCCGAUCACCGAGUGACGACACAUACAGGAGAAAGCAGCGCAUAGCUGACGAAAGGCGCCCGAGAGAUGGCAGAACCGAUUAUUCGCCUGCCAGAAGAAGUCCGAGUUAUGGACGCCGACAUCAUACGUCUUCUAGGCGGAAUCACUCCAGCGCAUAUUCCCGGUCUAGCAAAAGCGCCGACUCGGAUCGUCGCGGCCAUCGAAGAGAGCGACGUGAUUACACGGAACGUCGAAGAACCCGCCUCGGGCAAAGCGAUAGCGCUGGAAGUGCGUCUUAUCAUGAAGAACGCGAUAGACGUAGAGAGAGAGAUGCCGAUCGCGACAGGCGGGGGCGAUCUAGGUCUCGGGGACGCGGUAAUGACUACGGUGGUAGGAAAGAGGAGGGCCUUCAGUCGUCCAAGGAUGAGCGGCAAGAGACUCAAUCCAAGGAGCCAAUGAAGGCGAAAUGUGGGCCCGUCCUGCCUCGCAAAGGCGACACACUUCGCUACGCUUUCGGUGUCACGGAAGACAUUAUGCCUCCACAAGCAAUUCAGGACCGUGCAGAGCAGCGGCGUAGAGAGAUGGAGGAGCGUAAACGGCUCCAACGGGACACGUACGCGCCGCAGAAUCAUGAAGAGCGUCUGACGGAAAUGCAGUCACAUGGCAUGUCUCAUCUUAAGGAGCGAAUGGAGAAGAUGGCGGAACACGAGAGGAACGUACAGUCGGAGGAGGUCGACGCAAAAGGAGCGAAGGGCGACUACAUUUCGUUGAUGAAGCAGCACGCUUUCGAGUCUGCGAAGAAGGAAGAGCGCAUCAGACAGAGGGCUUCAAGGAGCCUGGUGGAAGAUGAGUGA